CCCAGAAGAAAUAUGUGUAUAUUUAUGAUCAUCAAGGCAUAGAAAUUCAUUGCCUUAGAGAUCUCAUGUUAACUUACCGCCUUGAGUUUUUACCUUAUCAUUUCCUCAUGACCUCCAUUGGAGAAUUUGGUGAUCUAAGUUAUUAUGAUAUAUCUACUGGUACCCUUGUUGCUCGUCAUAAGACAAAGAGAGGGCCUUGUGAUGUUAUGGCACAAAACCCUACUAACGCUAUUAUCUCCUUAGGGCAUAAUAAGGGGACUGUCUCCUUAUGGACACCUAAUCUAGCUAAGCCGGCUGUUGAGAUGUUUUGCCAUAAAGGAAAAGUUACGGCUAUUGCUGCUCAAGAUAAUUAUAUGAUUACAGCAG